ACCAUGCUCUGAAGAGAUGGGGGCUUCGGUGUUCCGCGCCCUCAGGAAUUUCAACCUGGAGAACCGGGCGGAACGGGAGAUCAGCAAGAGGAAGCCCUCCUUGGCUCCCAGACACCCUUCCACCAAGAAGCGCCUGGUGGAGCAGAUGAGCCAUCAUCCAGAAAUUGAACGAGAAGUUACUAACAAGGAUAACAAGCUGCACUCAUUUUUGAAAGAUAUAUACGUUGAUUCCAGAGAUCCCGUGUCUUCCCUGAAGGUAAAAAAUGUUCAACCAAAGCCAGUGCCAAAGGAGUUCAGAAUGCCGAAAGACCAUCACUCAGAAAUGAAUGUCACCAGCAUUCCUAAAGGCAAAAUUUCCAUUGUAGAAGCACUGACACUUCUCAAUAAUCAUAAACUUUAUCCAGAAACGUGGACUGCUGAGAAAAUAGCACAAGAAUACUACGUAGAACUGAAUGAUGUAAAUUCCCUUCUCAAAUAUUUUGUUACUUUUGAAGUCUUUUCUCCUGAAAAUAAGAAAGCACUACAAUCAAAGUAAGAACAUCACAAAAUGA